CAGGGGGCGUAAACGUUCCAGAAUCUUGAAGUCGGACCAGCCCCGGCUCCUCGAGGCAGGUGCUCCCGAUCCAUCCUCGAAGAGUGAAAGGUGGUGCCUUGCGCCUUCCUGCGAGAUCGUGACGACUUCCGCGUAGGAGGGCGAGAGGGAGGAGGGAGCGAGUGGCUGAUCCGAGUACCAGCGCCGACGCCGCCGCAGAGGGAGCGAGAUGGCGGAGUGCGGCCGGAAGGCGCUGUCCCUCCUGGAAGCGGCCCGCUCCCGCUACGAGAGCCUGCAGAUAUCCGACGACGUCUUCGGCGAGUCGGGAGACGACAGCAGCGACAACCCGUUCUACAGCACCUCCGGAGACUCGGACUCGGACAACUACAUAGCCGAGGCGGGCGAUGAGGAACACCUCCACCACCACCACCACCACCAUCAGCAUCAUCAUGCGCACCAUUUCCACCCCCAUCGCCAGAGACGCGCCGACAGAGAGAGCUCACACGGCGGGGGAGCAGGGGGAGGCAGCCCCGGCCCGCCCGGCGCUCUGUCCCGGAGCCAAGCCGAGGAGGAGGGCUGGACGGAGAGCCUGCAGGAUGUCACCGUGCCGCCGUUUAAAGGCUCUUACGGCCCCUCCCAGAAGAUGCCGACAAGCGCCAGCGCCAUGGACUUCUUCCAGCUCUUCGUCCCGGACAACUGCAUCCAAAACAUGGUGACGCAGACCAACAUGUACGCCAAGAAGUUCCAGGAGCGCUUCGGCUCGGACGAGGGCUGGCGUCCCGUCACGGCCCAGGAGAUGAAGGCCUUCCUGGGCUUCGUCACCUCCACCAGCGUGCACCACUGCGAGUCGGUGCUGAGCAUCUGGAGCUCGGGCUUUUUCGGCAACCGCAGCAUCACGCUCAAGAUGAGCCAGGCGCGCUUCGAGAAGAUCCUCAAGUACUUCCACAUCGUGGCCUUCAGGCCCUCACAGGGAAGCAACCAGGGCCUGUACAAGAUCCAGCCCUUCCUGGACUCGCUGCAGCAGGCGUUCAGCUGCACCUUCAAGCCUUCGCAGACCCAGGUUCUCCACGAACCCUUAAUAGACGAGGACCCGGUUUUCAUCAGCACCUGCACAGAACGCGAGCAGCGCAAGAGGAAGAAGAGGAAGUUCAGUCUUUGGGUUCGACAGUGCACCUCCACCGGAUUCAUCUGUCAGAUCUCGGUUCAUCUGAAAGAAGGCCAAGGUGCGGACGGCCUGGCUGCCCUGAAGAACAAGCCUCAGCUGCACAGUCUGGUGGCCAAGCAGCUGUGCCAGAAUAUCUCUGGCAAGAACACCAUCGUCUUCACGGGGCCGUCCAUCACGAGUCUUGGCCUCUUCACCGAGUUCAGCAAGCAAGACAUUUAUUGCUGCGGUCUGCUGAGCACCAGGAAGAGCGACUGUACGGGCCUGCCUCAGAGCAUGCUGGUGUGCAGCUCCACGCCGGCGCAGCGCGGCCAGUGGCGGGUGAUGAUGCAAGGCAGCAUGUCGCUCAUCAGCUGGUACAACAAGGGACACUUCAGGUUCCUCACCAACGCCUACUCGCCCACUAAACAAGGUUUGAUCAUCAAGAGAAAAAGCGGCGAGGUUCCGUGUCCCUUGGCGGUGGAGGCCUUCGCCGCGCAUCUCAGCUACAUCUGCAAAUACGACGACAAGUUCAGCAAAUACUUCAUCUUCCACAAGCCCAACAAAACGUGGCAGCAGGUCUUCUGGCUGAGCAUCAGCAUCGCCAUCAACAACGCCUACGUCCUCUACAAGAUGUCCGACGCUUACGCCGCCAAGCGCUACAGCCGAGCGCAGUUCGGAGAGAGACUGGUAAAGGAGCUGCUGGACGUGGACGACGACUCGCCCACGCCGUGAGGAGAUCGGGGGGUGGGGGGGACAUUGGGUGGGCCGAAACACACUCCCCAUUCGCCGACACCCACAAUCGCAUUUACAUUGCCACACUUCCUCCCGCCUGUACACUGUGUG